CAGUCAAUCCAUGUUUACAGUAUAAUGCUCAUAUGAAAACCUAUAAUUUUAGAGCAUUUCUGUCCAAAAUUGCAAUGGAUUUUGGUACAAAAGUUAUAUUAAAGCAUAGGUUUUAUACUAUCGAUUUGUUGCAUGAUAAAAUAGAACGUCGGAAAUUGUGAGCAGUUUUGAAUAAUAACACUUUACACAACGUGCUCCGCUGGCAUAUCAUACAUUUGUCGGUGCUUACGUAUUGAAAGAGAAUAAUUUAAAGGAUUUUAAACACGGUUGCCUGCAUUAAAAUAGUGUGUUAUACCAUGGCUAUGCGUCGACCACGUAUAAAAGCGGCUGCGCUUUUAACGACCAAGCGUAAAUCUCGGGAUGUGAAAUCGGAAAAUGGAAUAAAGCCUGCCAUUGUUGAAUGUUCAGGAGAAAUAAAUGCUAAGCCAGCUAAUCCUCAAGUUCAAAAUGUUGCAAAUGUGCAAAAUACAACUGAUGAUAACAGUAAAGAUAAAGUGGCUGAAAUUAUUUCAUCUGAACACAUAGAAAAUAAACACAAUGAUGAUGCAACAGAACAAAACUCUAAAUGUGUCAACACAUCCACGGAGCAAAAAUCAUCCGAUAAAAUAACAGAAAAUGGUGAAAGUAAUGAAGGUUUUCAAGAUAAAGUAAAAAAUAAAUUGGAAGAAUCUAGUUCUUCAUUUAAAUGUCCCGCUCGUGUCGAAUACAUACGCAAUAAUAAUCAACCUAGUGGAAAUGCCGGCACCGAUGAUGUUUUCUACUCCGAUAUGGAGGAGAGUAUUUUACAGUCGGAUAUGCAAAAAAGUGCCAGUGAUUGUGCUGCAUUGCCAUCAAAGCAGCAAGGGCGGCAAAGAAUACGUCCAGUUCCAACAUUUCCGAGACGUAAUAGUUUUGUCGGUAUAGGUAGUCCUUCACAAAAUUCAUUAGACGACGGAAUAGUGCCUGUUGAUAUACCAAUAGAUCAUUCAAAAUUAACCAUGGUGGGAGAGUCAUCAGAAACAAGUAAUUCACAAAAGGUGCAACCUUUAACGCAUAGAAGAGAGCGUCAUUAUUCAGCUUCAAUGGUUCAAUCACCUCAUACUCCGAACUCUGUUAUAAGUCAACACCAUUAUGCUCCUCACAAAUUCACACCUGCUAUGGGGCUUAGUCGUAUACGGACAGAAUCUAACUGUUCAGCCUUUUCAGAUUCUUUCGUAACACCAACGAAACUUCGUAAAACUGACGAACAUAGUACUCGUACUAAUUCCAGGCGUGACGUCUCCUUGCGAAUUGUAAACGGUAAUUUGGAUAAAUCGUCAUUAAAAAUGUUCGAUUUAAUUUACUAUAACCCUGUCACAAAUCCCAUGGAGAAGCGCAAUACAAUUUCCACCAUUAAGAAAGAACCUACAAUCGAUGAAAAUGAUACGAAGCUAGCAGACUCAAAAGUAGAAGUAGGUGAUGAAGCAAACAAUGCUAUGCCUGUACCACAACUAAAAUUGAAUGCAAAUGGAGACCUAAUUCUUGAUGAAAAAACUUUAGAGAUUGAAACCACUGCAGAGCAAGAAGCACGAAAAGUGUUGGCAAAUUCAUCGCUUAUAUUUCUUGAUGAAAAUACUGGAAUGAAUGGUUUCUAUAAGCGUCAAAAACGAACCAAGGAUUGGCCACCGGAAGAGACUAUAAAGUUUUAUCGAUGUCUGCAAACGGUAGGAACCGACUUUUCACUAAUGUGCCAAUUAUUUCCCAAACGUACUAGACGGGAUUUGAAACUAAAGUUCAAGAAAGAAGAACGUAAUAAUUUGGCCUUAAUCAAUAAGGCCUUGUUGUAUCCAAAGCUUUUCAACAUCGAUGAUUUAAAAACGCAGUUAGAGACAGAAGAAAGGGAGCGUGAAGAAGCGAUACAGCGUUGGAAGGAAAUACACGAAAAAGAAGCCAAAACCAUUAAAAAGGUAAAAAUCAACAGUAGUACAGCGGCUCGUGCACUAAAAAACGGAGACGAUAUAUAUGAAAAUGAAAAUGUUGUUAAGCGAAAGAUUAGUCGUCGAUCCAAUGCUACUGACAAGCAAAAGACUGAUAGCGCUAAAAAAUCAAAAACCUCACAAACACAGCAAACACUUUCUGUUAGCAAUGGAACAGAAGCAGUGCCACAACAAAAACAGAAACUGAAAGCAAAACACGGAGUAUUGCAUAAUAAUUCUGAGGAAAUAUUGUCAAGUCAGGCGCAAGGUAUCCCACUGCCGUUGCCAACGCAGUCAAAUGAUGUCACACCUGUGAAACUUGAGAUUGUACAUGCACAAAACUAUACGAUUAAAGCAGAACAUCCCAUUAAUGAAAGCAAUUGCUUCAACACUGAAAUGCCCUCGACAAACGUUGAAAAAAAUUUAGAAAUGAUGAGUAGCUUAGAUGCAAUGGCAGAGGAAUUUAUUAACAUUAUAGCACCGACAAGCUGCGAUGCAUCACAAUCUCUAAACGAAAUAGUAACACCAACUAAAGAGAGUUGUUCACAAUCUUCUGUUGCAGAAGUUGAAAAUAAAACAUUUUUCGAUUUAGUUAAUGGAACAGUGAACACAGUAAAUUCGUUACAAGGAGCAGACGAAAGUUUAGCGGUAAUGGAUGUAAUGCCUGCCACACCAUCUUCAAUUUCGCAACGAGAAGUAGACGAAUGUGACAUUCAACAAAUAUUAAUGGAUUUGGCGGAUGGUUCUUUGGUUCUCGUUUCCACGUUAGAUCCCGACAACGCUGAUCAAGUGGUGAACGAAAUUUACAUGAUGGAUAAAGUUACUGGUGAAUUGUGUGAAAAACCGUUGGACAUACCGGAAUCAAUAGUACAGUGCGUUUUGUCUGUGAUGAACUAAAUGUAUAUUGUUGAAAAGUUAGUGACGUACAUGGUACAAAUAUAGAACUUUUGUAUAACUACGUUAUGCGUAGAUAAUUUGCA